AUGUCCCACUUUGACCAAUUGGAUGACAAGGAUUCCCUGGACCUCCAUGACAAUCCUGCUGUUCCUGACAACAUAGUGAAGGAGGAUAACACCACAGUCUAUUUUAUCUAUGAUGAAGAGGUAGAGGAAGAAGAGAAAGAGAAGCCUCGCCCUCCUGAACCAGUUAAACCCAUCAAUGAUAAACCACACAAGUUUAAAGAUCACUAUUGCAAGAAGCUCAAAUUCUGUGACGUGUGCGCACGCAUGAUUGUUCUUAACAAUAAAUUUGCACUGAGGUGUAAAAACUGCAAGACCAAUGUUCAUCAUCAGUGUCGGAGCUACGUCGAGUUCCAGCAGUGCUUUGGGAAAAUUCCUCCAGGUUUUAGUCGGGCCUACAGCUCUCCUCUCUACAGCAGUCAGCAGAAUGCCACGGUUAAAGAGCUGCUUCCAUUCUCACAGUCUAACCGCACUGACCCCGUCUUUGAGACGCUGCAUAUUGGCGUUAUAAUGGCCAAUAAGGAACGGAAGAAAAGAUCAGAAGAUCAGAAGAAAAAUAUGAUGAUCAUGGAAGAAGAGGAAUCCCAACCUAAAGCCGAGGAAGGGGAAGGAGAGCGCUGGAGCCAAGAGAUGGAAAAGAAGGAGAAAACCACGGAUGAUAAGGUGAAGCCCAUCUUCUCUCAGUCACACUACUACUUGGCCCUGUAUCGUUUUAAAGCCAUUGAGAAAGAUGACUUGGACCUGCAUCCUGGGGAUCAUGUCACAGUGACAGAUGAUUCCAAUGAGGAAUGGUGGAGAGGUAGAAAUGGAGAGAAAUCUGGAUUCUUCCCGGCAAACUACAUCAUCCGUGUGCGUGCAGGGGAGAGUGCCUACAAGGUGACACGGUCCUUUGUGGGGAAUCGCGAGAUGGGCCAAAUCACGCUGAAAAAAGACCAGAUUGUGGUGAAGAAAGGAGAGGAGGUGAAUGGCUAUAUGAAGGUCAGCACUGGGCGCAAGCUUGGCUUCUUCCCUGCAGACAUUCUUCAGGAGAUCUGAGAGUGUGUGUAUGUGUGUAUAUGAGAAAGAGAGACGGUGUACCUGUAUCUGCUUCUCUCAAUGAUUAGCAUAAUUAUCUUCAGUGACAGGCUGCAUGUGUGCUUACUUUGGGAUUUGGCUAACAUGGGUUUAAAAGCAAUAAAGGGUUGAUUAAGCUUCAUUUGAUCAGUUUUAUGCAAUUAGUCAUGUCUUGUUAUUUGGUCAGCAAAUUUAUAAACAGGUAAACACAGUAAAGUGUGUGUGUAUGUGUAGAGGGGACAGGAAAUGCAGUGGUCAGUGUAAAAGAACACAAAGUGCUGUGGUGGUUUUUGUCAAAAUUGGCUUAUUACAGUACUUGAUGACACAAUGUAGCACUUCUGCCUCAUAACUCCAUGGUCACUGAUUUGAUCCUGAUCUUGGUUUACUUUCUGUGCGCAUGUUCUUCCUUCCACUGUCCAAAACCUGAGUUUUAUUUCACUGAGUUUUAUUUAAUGUAAUUGGAUGUAAAAUUUGGGGAUUAAGAGA